CGGUGAGACUACGACAUUGCAGACGCCAUUCCACGACUUCAAAGGCGACACCAUUCUGUAAACUGUUGUACAAUGUCCCAAGAAAAAACUGUACCUGUAGCGCAAUUGCUCUCGCGUGCACUUCAUCAUAUUCGUACGACGCCGCCCCGUAUCAUUGCGUCUCCUCCAACUCAGCCACGACGUGCAGCUGUAGCCCUCAUCAUCCGAGUCGUACCCUCUCCUUUCUCCUCACCUCCUCCGCGUGACGCACCACCGCCUACAUUGACGCAAUUCUUUGAACUUGACUGGGUGAACGAUCCCGCUUCUCGCGCAGAAAUACUCUUUCUGCGCCGGGAUGGGGUCAAUGCUUCGGAUAGUAUAAUUGGCGCCGGUACGUCACAGACCGCGGGCCCCAGUGAGCAUAGUUCAAAAGGCAAGGCAAAGGAUGAGGCCAAUAUCGCUUUUCCCGGUGGAAGAAUGGAAGAAGGUGACGAAGGUGGCUUGUACACAGCUAUGCGUCAAACAUGGGAAGAAAUUGGUCUUGACCUUGCUGAACGCGACUUCACUUCCAUUGGACAACUAGACGACCGCGAGAUUACUACUUCCCUUGGGAAGCGGUUACUCAUGAUCCUCUCUCCCUUUGUUUUCCUGCAGCUUACUCCAUAUUCCUUAUCGACAGACCCGUCCCCAGGAACAACUAUCCAUUGGACGCCUCUUGACGCACUCAUCAGUGCUGUUUUACCUGGGAAGAUCGCCGAGCGUGAAGAUUGUGCUGGUAACUGGUCAACUGUGACGGUUGAUGCUGCGUCGAGACUCGCUCCUCGACAUGCAGCACUAUUAAAGGUGUUGGUCCGGGUAUUAAUUGGAAGCAUGCAAUUCCCUGCUAUCUUACUGGAUGUUCCGGAAUUUGAACCAUCUUCCACACCGCCCUUGCCAACUGGUGCAAGGUCGGCUUACCCUGCGCUUACUCAAGAUAUACUCGAGAAGGGCAUGCCCCCUAAUAGUGCACUAAAAAAACAGAAGGUUCGCCAACGAAAACAGCUCAAGCUUUGGGGCCUCUCGCUCGGUAUGACAUUGGACCUCAUAGCGCAUAUGUCAAACAAUCAAAGCACUAGCAAAGCAGGGUUUUCCGCUCUGCAACUGCCUUUCCAUCCUGUCGGGGGAGAAGGCAUGCGCAUUGACCUCGUGGCCCCCAGCCUGGCUAGCGUAUUUCCGCGGUUCUCGUAUCCAGAUGUUAAUUUCUGGAUUUGGGUUUUCGCAAAACGUUACCGAGAGGUGGUGCGUGGUUGGGAAGCUAGCGUUUUGGGUGGAGGUACAAAUGAUAGACGCAUCAACUGGUCUGGCACUGCACUGAACAGCUUCUACGCCGCCGUGCGCAAGGCACUCGUCGUUGUACUUGUCCUUCGCGCUAUCGGUGUUCUAUUCGGGCUACUUUUUGCUGGCUGGUGGGUCUUUGCCUAGUGUUAUGUUUUGAAGUUUGCGUUGUGGGAGAACGGACUUUUCAAUUGCUCGCAUGCUAUCUGUAUUCUGGACAUGGGUCGGAUACUGGACAGUAUUGGAUGUAAAUGUCUAAUUUUCGCUUGGACUUGUAUUAUCAAUAGGAUAGCUCUUUCACGAAUACAGGCAACCUCUCUUAUCAUUCGGGAUUCGUGUGUUCACACCUUUCGUAUCCUACCUACCAUUUCGCCUUCUUAGAGUACAUAGACGUGCUUUGCACAUAAAACAAACUUACGCAUAGCAGAAUGACCUUCACGAUAGUACGCGUUCCAUCGCUCUAGGAGCGUGAAUUGAAGUUGCAAAGAUGAAUAAAAAAUAUGUUUGUGU